AUGAGCAUGUGGUGGUGCUUGUUCUGGUGUGGGCGGAGUCGAAGAUUUUACAGUGAAAAAAGAGAGCAAAAAGAGGGCGUAAUACCGUAUACCAAAGGAAAAAUAGAAAAAGAAAGAGAAAAGGCAAAAAAAAACGUCACGAGUUGGUGAGAGCCGGUAAAUGUCUGUGUGUGGGAAAAUCUAUCAGUAUCUUCUAGUAUCUAGAGAUAGACUAAUAGGAAAUUUGCACAUUUCCGUUGGGAAAAUUAUUCACUUAUAGCUUUUUGUUUAAUAUUCUUUUUACCUAAUUAGUUAGUACAAAUUGAAUUGUUCAUGUGAAAAAUAGGUUUAUUUUAAGAAAGAUAUGAUGAAAAUGACAACAAAAACAAUGACUUUAUGAAGAAAAGCUGACGAUUUUUUUGAUCUCUAUAGUUUUUUAUAUUCAGAAGAAGAAGAAGAAGUACAUAGUCAUCUAAAGUACCUGGGGGAUAUGAAAAGAAAAAAAUGAAAUAGUUGGUUGGGGCGGAGCAUAAAAGGAAAUCAAAUAUUUCCGGUAGUUAAUCAUAGAGCACUAUCACAUGAUAGAUUUUCUCCCUAACCGUAAUAAAAAAUCUCAUUGAGCCUAUUUCGCACAGCGAAAAAAUUGAGAAGAAAGUGAGAUGAGUUGUUGACGAAAACAAAUUUUACAAAAAGAACUCAACUGACUGACUGACUGACGGACUGAAAUAGAGAAAAGGCGAAAAAAUAAAAUAAGAAAAACGAAAAGAAAAAAAAAGAAACGACAGGCAUGGGGAUAAACAGAAGACGGACGAAGAAAAGCCAGCAGCCGACAGGCAAAAACGAGUAGAAGCACAAGCACGAGGCGAUCAAAUCUCGGAGCCCCGACCACCCGUCAUUGGAAAAAGAAUAAGGAAAAAUGCCAGCCAAAAACACGAAAAAUCGACGCCAGGAUUUGCACAUUUAACUGCCGCUCCAUCGCCACCGAUGAUCGUCUUGCUGAUCUUCUCCAAGAAGCUGAUCGAAUCAAGUACGAUAUUAUCGGAUUAUCUGAAACAAAACGAGGGGCAGAAAAACAAGCCAAGAGCGCCGACGGAACUGGUAUUUUCCUUGGAAAACGAAACGAAGUCUCGGUAUCUGGAGGGGUUGGAUUUAUCACUCACAAAUCCAUGACUCCAAAAGUCAAAGAAGUCAAAUUCAUAAACCAUCGAAUUGCAACCCUCACCUUCUAUGUUUCCAAAAGAUUCGACUGCACAGUCAUCCAAGUCUAUGCACCAAUUGGAACAUCUGACGCCGAGGAAAUUGCUGAAUUCUACGAAAACGUUGAAGAUGUCAUCCGCCAAUGCAAAUCGAAAUUCAAGAUUGUUAUGGGCGACUUCAACGCGCGAAUCGGAAGCCGAGCAAACUCAUCUGAAAUAUACAUUGGCACACACUCAAUGGAGCCAAGAAACGAACCAGGAGAAUUUCUGGCAAGUUUCUGCGAGAGCAAUCGCUAUUACAACACCAACAGCUUCUUCGAAAAACCAACAAAUCGAAGAUGGACCUUCAUAUCUCCUGAUGGCCAACACAAACAUGAACUGGACCACAUACUAACCAACGGUCGUUUCUUCACCGACACUCACGUUGUUCCAUCGUUCACAAUUGGAAGUGACCACAGGCUUGUCCGAACCAACCUACACUUCAACCUAAAUUUUGUGAAACAUCAGGAAUUCAUGACACGACGUCAACCGAAGAAAAUGAUCGACGAGUCCGCGAUUGCCACCAACUGCGAUCUCACGCAAAUUCCACCACAAGAUCAGAAUAUAGAUAUAUUCUACAACAAAAUCGUUGGUAUGUUAAGAUCGAUUCAAGAAAAAUCGCUGGUUCCACAACCAAAUCACUCACAAAACAGAAUAAGUGAAUCCACUCGCCAACUGCUGACACUUCGACGAGAAACGAGUCGAUCUGAUCCAUUAUUCCACACCAUCUCGGAAUUGUGCCGCGAGGAACUUGCCAGAGAUCACCAAGAAUUUGCCAAAACUCGCCUCGUGAACGCAGCAAUGGCAAGAAAAAGUCUGAAAAGAGUCGCCAGAAACCUCGUCGAAUAUCAAGCCACAAUUCCAUGCUUGAAAUCUUCUCCAACCGGAACUCGGAUCACUGGAAGAGGAGAAAUCGAAAAAGAAAUACAUCAGUUUUACUCAAAGCUUUUCAAAAGCUCAGAUGUUCCACAAAAUCCCAGUAACAGAAGAUUGAGAAGAACUGAAAAUCCACCACCGUUUCUACCGAGUGAAAUUCGAGCAGCUCUGAGAUCAUUCCCAAACGGAAAAUCCGCUGGCGAAGACAAAAUCACCGCCGAUUUUCUCAAAAAAUGCACGGAUAAGAUAAUCUUGAUCAUCACACACUGCUUCAACCUGAUGAUGGAGAAAGAGGAGAUACCCAAGGCAUGGAAAACAUCGAAAACCAUCUUGAUCUUCAAAAAAGGUGAUCGCGAAAACCUCGAAAACUAUCGCCCUAUCACAAUCCUCCCAGUUCUCUACAAACUCUUCACAAAGUGCAUUCUGCAGAGAAUCCGCCGACCACUUGAGGAAUCCCAACCUGUUGAGCAAGCUGGAUUUCGAAGAUCGUUCUCAACAAUGGACCACAUAUCCACAAUUCAAAGAAUUCUAGAAGCCAGUCGAGAACACCAAAUCCCACUUGUCCUGAUCUUUGUCGACUACCACAAAGCAUUCGACAGCGUAGAACCAGCUGCAGUAUGGAAUUCGCUGAAAGAUCAAGGAGUCGAUCAACAUUACAUCAAGAUCCUCCAAAAAUGCUACGAGGAGUGUUCCACCAACAUCACGCCAUUUUUCAAAAAAGUCGAAAUCCCAAUCUCAAAAGGAGUUCGCCAAGGAGACCCAAUCUCUCCGAAUCUAUUCUCCGCGAGUAUUGAAGGAGUUUUCCGCUCCACAAAUUGGUCAGAUUGUGGAAUAAGCAUAGAUGGUAGAAAGUUAAACCACCUUCGAUUCGCUGAUGAUGUCGUUCUGAUCUCACACACCCCGCAUCAAGCUUCGAGAAUGUUGAAAGAAUUGGUGCAGGAAAGCGCAAAAGUUGGCCUAAAAAUCAAUGAAGCCAAAACAAAAUCAAUGAGAAACCGAUUUGCGCUCACCCGUCCAAUUGAAAUCGGAAACAAAACCAUUGAAAAUGUCGAUGAAUAUAUUUAUCUUGGCCGACAAUUAAAUCCUCAAAACGAACUCCUGCCGGAAAUCCACCGAAGAAGAAGAGCUGGCUGGGCUGCUUUCAAAUCCAUCGAAAAAGCAACCGACGCCAUCACUUGCCAAAAAACCAAAGCAAACUUAUUCGAUCAAACGGUUCUACCCGCCCUUUGCUAUGGUUCAGAGGCUUGGACCCUCACAAAAAAGAAUUCAGAAGCUCUUCGAAUCUCUCACGCGGCAUUGGAAAGACGAUUGGUUGGCAUAACACUCAGCGAACAACGCGAAAGAAAUCUCCACCGCGAAGACAUCCGGAAGCUAUCGCAAGUCAAGGAUCCACUUCGACACAUCCGCCAACAAAAAACCCGCUGGGCCGGACACAUGGCAAGGAGAAACGACAACCGUUGGUCAACGGCAACAUUGGAUUGGUAUCCACGAGAUUGGAAAAGACCAGUUGGACGCCCUCCAUUGAGAUGGUCAGAUGAACUAAGGAAAAACCACUGUAUAUAUGACAACAACAACAAAUUGGUCGAAUAUUGGACAACUCGUGCCAAAGACCGUGAUAAAUGGAGAACUGUGGUCCGCGCAAUAUGCUGA